GACCGUGGCCACUCUACAAAAUAACAAUUCAAACGCAACCGAAUUAAUCGUCUUCGAUCACACGUAUUUGUUCCUAGUGCGUUGCAGCGCGUAUGCGUGUAUGCGCGUGUGUGUGUGUGUGUAAACGACGUUCACGGACGUGCAUUUAUGAUCGUUGUGCAAUCUCGUUCUAGCUGUCAUCGAAUUGUCCAAUAAAAGCUAGACGUGGAACGUGUAAACCUUUACUUUUCCGACGUUGAAUUUAAACGAAAUGAAAAGAACGAAGGAAAAAUAUACGUGACAUACGAUAUUUCAUAUUGUAUAUUUCUUAGAAAAAAGAACAAAAAAAUAGUUUUUGUAAUAAAUUUAAAAUUUCAUUUUUUUUUUUUUUUUAAAUCCAUCUUUUUAAAUAGCCAAGCAAUCACAUUAAAACAUAUAGGUCUUCUUAAAAAAUGUUUUAACAAAAUGUUUGACAAUUUUUAUAUAAGCAAAAAUUUUCCGUGAUUUAUCUUAAUGAAUGAAACUUCAUCACGGUAUGAUAUAAAACACUUUUCAACUACUUCGAAGGAAAAAAGAAAAGAAAAAGAAACCGCUGCCAUUUUUUUUCUCCUAAUAUACCGCCGAAUUCAAAAUGACACCACGAAAGUAAUAAAUAAAUAAAAAAAAAAAUAAAGAAAUAAAAAAAAAAUAAUAAUAAAAAAAAAAAAAAAGAAUUGAGAUAAAAUAAAAUACGAAGGGAAUACAAUGGAUUAUAAGAUUUGACAAUAAAUUUAAUCUUAAGUCGAAUAAUAAAGUAAAACGAUAAAAAUUAAUUGUCCAUAAAUCGAUCUCAGUCAUAUAAAUAAGUCGAAAUAAAAAUGUAAUUAAAAAAAUUUUGUUACUCUUUGAUCUAUUUAUCGCUUAAAUCGUAAACUAUACCAGUCGGAUUAAUUUCGUAAAAAUCGUAGCAUUACAUCAGACGCAAAUCUAUCGAUGUUAAUUAUUCGCUAGAGCAUAACCAUUAUCACCAUCGUAAUUUUUGUAUUCGUUGUUUUCAUCACGUACGUGUUUAUAUGUAUGUUUAUGUAACAAAGAAAGAAAGAAAGAAAGAAAGAAAUAGAUAGAUAGAGAGAGAGAGAGAAAUAGAGAGAGAGAGAGAGAGAGAGAGAGAGAGAGAGAGAGAGAUGAACGAGUAACGAGAGACGCCGUAUUUCCAACGACUCAACGAAGCAAAUGCCGGCGACAUUCUGUUCGUGUUCUUUCUACGUCGGAAUUCCAACGUUGGCGCGCGUGGCGCCGACUUUAACCUUUUCGAUGCUCCAGACACGACGAAUAAGCUUUGCAAAAAAUGUUUACGCGAAUACGAGAUGACGCAUGUAUGUAUGUAUUAUGUACGAUAAGGGAAAUAGCUUGUAAAACAUCUAAAUUAAUGACGUAAAACAUAAAGAUUCCUUAUAUUUCAUAAAGAACGAUAUUUACAUUUACAUUAAUACAUUGCGUCAUAGUUCUUUUUUAUAUUUAGAAUCAAUUUCUUAAAUAUUCCAAAAUUGGAUGGAAUAAAAAGAAUGGAGGAAAUAACUCGUUUCGUCUUAAAAUAUUCUCUCUUAUUCGAUUUUAAAAAAUUAAAAUCCUUUGAAAUUUAAUAUACUAAAAUACCGAAUAAAAAAAACGAAUGAUAUCCCCCUUUAUUUCGUUAAUCAAAAAAUAUACUUUUAUAUAGUUUUGUGCGAUUGAAAAAAGAUAUUGAAAUUGAUCCAGCUGGAUAGAAAAAUUGCAACAAUGGUAAAAAUAUAAAUGAAUUUUGAUUACGCUUCUGUGGCAGGAGUUUCGGUGUACGAUCAAAGUUCCGAACCCUGGAAACGAACCAACAAACCAUCGUGCUAUUCCCAUAAGAAUGCGAAAUGGUAAACGAAUACCGUGGCACGUUUCAUGUUACAUCUUGGUUCCAUUCCCAAUGAUAUUACACAUCGACAGAAUAAUUCAUAAACAUAAAAUAUAUUUUUCAAAGAUGUUAUAUCGUUUAAUCCUAAAGCAUUUCUUUUAGUUUUCACUCGACUCGAAUUAACUAAGAUAAACUAAAGAUAAACCAGAAAUGUUAUUGGUCCGUGGGAUUGACCAAUCGUUGCAAGGGACAUGCAAAAUUGAGGGAAAAUAAGAUAACCUGAUAAUGUAGAACGUAAGAGGUUAAUAAAUGUCGAUAACGUAGCGAUAAAAUGAGGGUGCAAAAUCAAACAUUUUCUUUAUCCUUCAUCUAAAAGGAUCCCAAUACCGUUUACCGAGAAUGUUCUGCGCUUUGCUGCGUAUCGUGACAGGCCGGCCCUCAUGACUAUACACGGGAGAACAUCAUCAUCGUAGGAAUGCGAGAACAAAAUUGCAGAAUGUUCCGUUGCUCGAUUAAUUUUAAGCAUCUUAAACCUACGACUUGUAAAGAGGCGAUUCAAAGAUGGGAAGAAAAAACGGGAUUGAAUGCUGCCGAAGCAAAAGAGGUCAUUUUAUCGUUUCAAUGGCCACCAAUUGAAAAAAUGGAUAAUAGUUUGGCUGUUUUGGCCAAUGUAGUGAAAUUAUCUUUAUCCACUAACAUGAUAGAAAGAAUCAGUGGCAUUAAUUCUUUAAAAAAUUUACGAAUUUUAUCAGUGGCUCGUAAUUCUAUCAAAAGUUUUUCCGGAUUAGAGGCGGUAGGAGAUCAUUUAGAAGAAUUAUGGAUAUCGUAUAAUAUAAUAGAAAAAACCAAAGGUGUGAACGUACUUAAGGCCCUCAAAGUUCUUUAUAUUGGUAAUAAUUUGAUACGAGAUUGGGUAGAAUUCAAUCGUUUUCAAGAAAUUCCUAAUUUAGAAGAUCUAUUAUUUAUAAAUAAUCCCUUAUGCGAAACCAUGGAUACUGAGACAUGGCGUACUCAGGUCAUGAAAAAAUUUCCAAAUUUGAAGAAACUUGAUUCGAUUCCGAUAGUGUAUGUGUUAGAGAGGGUUAAGCGUUAUAAUAGAUUAGAAAAAGGAAUAAAACUCAAAUAUUGUUUUAGGCGUGCUGCUGACGAUUUUUAAGAUGCAUUACAUCGGAUGAAAGAAAAUUAAUCAAAGAACAAAAUAUAAAACAUGUAUUUACAUGUUGUAUCCUAAACCCAUGAUAAAAAUGUAUUACAAUA